AUGACCCAUUCUAGGGUGUUGUUGUCCGUAACAGAUGACCAGGACACGGAUUACAUCAAUGCUUGUUAUAUCAAUGGUUACAACGAACCAAAGAAGUACAUUGCUUCACAGGAUUCUCCUCUCAUCUUAUUCAUAUCAUCGGAAAGAUCCCAACUGUUAAAAUCGCCAUUGUCAUGGCCCAAUGAUGUCAUCCUGAACGAUUUUCUGCGCAUGAUCUGGGAACAGAAGUCUGGGAAGAUCGUCAUGGUGACCAACCUAAAAGAGGCAGCAAAGACCAAGUGCUCUCAAUACUGGCCUGAUGAAGGAUCAGAGAAUUUUGGUCUGAUCACAGUGACAUUACUGGAGGAGGAGAAUUACGCGGAUUUCACCGUGAGAACUCUGCAACUGACACACAUUAAGAGAAAGCAGGAAGGUCAAACUGUGAAACAGUUCCACUUUACGGCCUGGCCUGAUCACGGUGCGCCUGCGCACGCUACUGCGUUACUCGACUUCCGGGAUAAAGUUAACAGUUGUCAGACGCAAGUCAGUGGACCAGUUGUCGUGCACUGCAGUGCUGGUGUGGGUCGUACGGGAACGUACAUAGCUCUGGAUUACCUGAUCGCCCAGGCUCAUGACGAGGGGGUGGUGGAUGUGCCUGCCUGUGUUAGGCAACUCCGGGAACAGCGCGUUAACAUGGUCCAGACUCUGGAGCAGUACAAAUUCCUUCACGAAGCGCUUGCAGAAGCGUUAAAACCUGGAAGUAGCAGUGUUCAUAGUGUGGAAUUCCCUCGUGUCUUUGCUGAGUUGAUUACCCCAGACCCAGAAACCGGUAUGACCAAGAUGGCGGAACAGUUCCAGUCUCUCCAAAGGCUGACAGCUCCCCUGGAUAAAGCUGUUCUCACCGCGGCACGUCAUCCGGACAACGUCUCCAAAAACAGAUCAGACAGAAUCCUGGCAGCGGACACAUGCAGACCGUACCUGUCAACUCCUGUACCUGAGGGGAAUAACUACAUCAAUGCUGUAUACCUGCCAACGUUCAAAUCGAGGAGGGGUCUAAUUAUCACUCAGACUCCUCUGCCCAGCACAGAUCUGGAUUUCUGGCGUCUGGUGUACGACCACGGCAUAACUGUCAUCGUCAUGAUAGACUUGGUAGAGCGAGAUGAUAAGGACCUUGGGAUAUACUGGCCAUUGCAAGGAAAGCAUUUUGACCCAUUUGUGGUGAAAGUCAAGGACAAACAAGAGUGCGAGGGUUUUUCGGUGUGGACGUAUCAUUUGUCUCACAAGGAUACGAAAGUAAUGCACCCUAUCAAGCAGUUCCGGUGUAACUUUUGGACCGGGGAUCCAGCCCUCAACUCGAUAGCCUCACUGCUGUCCGUCAUAGAAGAGGCGACGCAGUGGCAGCAAAAGACAGGCAACGUACCAGUUUUGGUACACUGUAGAGACGGCGUGACGAAAAGCGGUCUGUACUGUGUGGCCACGUCAGUGAUAGAGAGACUGAAGAUGGACGAGGAAGUGAACAUCAUCCACACGGUGAAACAGAUGAGGGCCAACAGGCCACAAAUCAUCACAGAUCUGAAUCAGUUCCAGUUCCUACAUCAAGUGGCUCUGAAGUAUCUGGAGACAGCCCACACAUAUGCUAACUUCGUGUAGAAAUCAUCUGUCCCGUUCUUACCGUGGUGUGUAGAAAGAACAUUGCCUGUGACUUCUAUAGAUCCAUCCGCUGCGAACCUAAGGAUCCAGUUCUGGAAAUCACGAAUGAAGAUCCCGAAUGUUUGUUCAUUUUAAAAGGACUGGCUUUAUUCUAUACUAUAAUCAUAGUCUCUCCAAAUCGCAUACAGUUGAUUCUGUUGUCUUGAAGGUUUGUGAUAACUAUUGUUAUUGCAUGUAAGCAUGUAAAUCCGAAAGUACAGAUAAUAUCAGCUGUACGUGUAGUAUCAGAAGUACAUGUAAUUCAAGAAGUACGUGUAAAUAGAGAAGGUUAUGCCCACAUGCAUAUGUACUGUUCAUAUUUUUAGGAUUCUUUUGUCUGCCAGCUUCAACCGAUUUUCGCGGCUUGCAUUCACAAAUUGCAUCGGAUUUUUACCUGAAAAUUUUCGCUUUUUGUUAUGCUCCUCUAAAACAUGACCAAACCUCGUCGUAACGCGUUCGUUUAUAAAUAAGAAUACGUGUAAUUGAAAUAAUCCCGAGGAAAUGUAGGAAAUCAUUUUUCACACGCGAAUCAUUCAGUCAUGGAAUGGUUUUUGUACGGCUGACUUGAUAGGAUGCAUUUGUUUAUCGGUUUGUGUUUACAAAUUGCACGGGCUUUGACCUAAAGCUUUGUCUGGAUUUUCGUGAUGUUCUAAGACAUGACCAGAGCGCGUCGUAACAUUCAUUCACCAAUGGGAAUACCUCAGAUAGCUCCAGUUCGGCUGUUUCGUUGUAGAAUGCUUAAAUGCGCAUUGGAUCAUAUAAAAAAGGUGUCAUAUAAAACGAGCGUGAUUUUCUGAUUUAAAUAUGUAUGUACUGCAGGCAAUUACGUCCUCAAUAAUAUUUUCUUUACUACGUAUUACAGACGAUUUUUGUGUUCUUUUUAAUGAUUUAUGUGUGUGUGACUAUGUUUCUGAGUUGUGGAACACAUGUACCUAUAGUAAACAGCAACAUGUAGAAUCAGUAAGAUCCGAGGUCCAGCAAAGUAUAAACAGAGAUUGCAUCCAUCUAACGUAGAACAUCAUCAUAUAUCCGUAUGUGAACACUAAAGGUACACAUAAAUGUGCCUUUUACAAUAAAUGUAUAGGUCAGCGGAACACAUCUUGUUUAUGCAGGUCUAUGCAAGUUUCAUCAAAGGAGAACAGUUAAAUCCUAGAAAUAAAAGGGUGCGGGGACAAGUAU